AUGUCGGCCGCAGUGUACGCCGUCCACGCGGCCAGAUGGGCACGGACCAACCAAAGGGCCACGAUCCAGGAUUGCUCAAGCCUCCGCCGGCCUUCGACCUUCAGCAGGUGCACCUGGGCCACCACGCCGAAGUCCCCGAAACACUACACCGACGUAGUCUACAACAGCUUCCUCAAGGAGUGGGAGCAGGAGCAGGCGCGACUGCUUUCUCGCUGCUGGCGCGGUCGGCUUAAGGGCCUACGCCAGGAGGUCGCUUCCCGCACCAAGGCUGUAAAGCAGUGGACGCUGCGCAACCCCAUCACGACUUCGAGCCUGGCGGGGCUCGUCUCAACUGUCGCUAGCGACUUCCUCGUGCAACGCUACUUCGAGAAGCGUGAGUCCACGGAUCUUCGACGCAGCGCCAUCAUGGGCUUUUUCGGGCUCAGCUAUAUUGGCUUCCUUCAGCACUUCCUCUACACAGGCUUCUGGCCGAUGUUUCUCAAGGCUUCCCGGCUUACCGGCCCCAAAGCCGUGGUGUUCCAGGUCUUCGGAGAUCAGGGCAUCUACAUGCCCUGCGCGUAUCUUCCCGUCUUCUAUACUGUGAAGGAGAUGGCUGGACCGACCGGGCUCUUCAUCACUGCCCCCGAGGCGGCAGUGGCGGGCGUGGCUCGGUACUGGCAGAACGUAACCUCCGACCUGCAGCUUUGCUACUGCUACUGGCUUCCCAUGCAGGGCAUCAGCUUCAGUCUCAUCCCCACCGCCUUGAGGGUGGUAUUUAUGUCAGCGGCCUCCCUCGGGUGGCAACUGGGCCUGGGAGCUGCCAUGCUCCGAUCUUCUGGUGGUUGA